UGAUAUAAAAACAAAAUCAUUGUUGAAUAUUUGAGGUUAAGUUCUCCGAAUUAUUUAAUCAGUUAUUUUUAUUUAAAUUUAGAUUAAUAAUUAAUAUUAAUAAUAUUUAUUUGUCGUUGAAAAAUAUUUUCAAAAUUACCAAUUUGACAAAUGGAUUUUCCAACCUCGAGAAUUUAAAUAGUUUGACAAAUUUUUAAUUAAAACUAUAAUGACGUGCCAAUGAUUAAAUGAAUUUUAUUUUUAUUAUUGAAUAAAUAAAAUAAAACAAAUUAACAAUGGCAGCAUUAAUAAAGAAAAGAGCUUUGGCGGAAUUUACCCAAAGCCAAGUAAUUAAUGAACCUCCGGUAAAAAGAUUAAAAACACUACGACUUUCUCUAAGCGGAUCAAAUAGAAAUGGUGCAGGAGUUAAUGGUAGUUCGGUUCUUGUUUACAUUGAAUGUCUCGAAAAAUGUAAAGGUGGAAAUGAUGCAUUACAAUUACUCGUGAGAAUAUCUGAUAUUCUUUCGCAAAUGAUACCUGAUGAUGUUCCAACAGCUGUGAAAAAAUUAGUCGAAAGAUUUGCAAUUGAACAAGAAGCUGCUGUGAGAACAAAAAUUCUUUGGGUUUUUGCUGAACUCGGCGAAGUUACAAAUGAUCCUGCUGAGAAAGCGCGAAUUAUUAAUGAAACGGCAAUUCUAUUAAAAAACGAAGAAUCACAUCGUGUCAAGAGUCAAGGACUUGCAACACUCCUUAAAUUAGGCAGUUUUAAUCAAACUGCAGUUUUGAAAAUUGCUCGUGAACAUUUACCGGACACUUGGCAUGGAGUACAAACAAGAUGUUUGAUGAUAAUUGGAAGAUAUCUUUCUGCAAAUGUAUCGGAUGAUACUUUAAUAUUAGUGGGAAAUUAUGCACGAUCGCAAGAUCCACGAGUACGAGCUCAAGCUUUUGAAACAAUGGCAGAACUUCAUUCGCACAGGGGCUGUCGGCUUCCUGCUACUUUUUUCUCUGAAGCUUGUGGAGCAUUAAAAGAUGAUUACGAAAUUGUUCGUCGUGCUGUUUUGAAAUUAAUUUGGCUACUUGGAAACGAAUAUCCCGACCAAAUGAUUCCCGAACAGGAGGGAGAAGAAAUUCGUAUGAUAGACAGUGCCUUUUCGAAAAUAUGUGGAUUAAUGGGCGAUUUAUCGCCUCGUGUACGUGCCUCAGCAAUGUCUUUAUUGGGAUCAAUGAAAGGUGUUUCUCGACGUUAUAUCGAGCAGGCUUUGGAUAAAAAACCAAAAACUGUCGAGGAUGAAAGUUCAGAAGUUGAAGAAAGAAGUGGUUCAUGCGGAGCUUUUAUUCAUGGUUUAGAGGAUGAAUAUUUGGAGGUACGAACAGCAGCUGUGGAAUCAUUGUGUGCUUUAUCUUUGGAGCAACCAUGUAUCGCUUGUAUUUCAUUGGAUUUUAUGGUCGAUAUGUUUAACGAUGAAAUUCAGGAUGUACGAUUAAAAGCAAUUGAAUCGUUGAGAAAAAUGUCAGCGAGUGUAACAUUACGUGAGGAUCAAUUGCAAACAAUUUUAGGAGCAUUGGAGGAUUUUAAUGGUGAGGUUCGUGAAGGUUUACACGCAACAUUGGGAGCAAGUCGUCUUGCAACACGUAAUUGUCUUCAAAUGUGUGUCACAAGACUAUUGGAAAAUUUAGCGCGAUAUCCACAGGACAAAGAGAGUAUUAGGAGUUGUUUAGCUGAACUUGGUGCUUCUCAUCCUUAUCUAACAUUACCACUUGUUCCACAAAUGUUGGGAAGACAUCCAUUUUUCGAUACACCCGAGCCUGAUGUCGACGAUCCUCCCUAUGCAAGUACAUUGGUUUUGAUUUUUAAUGCAGCGCUUCAUUGUCCGAGUAUGCAUGCUCUAUUUACGGAGCAUGCGGCGAAACAUUAUUUAUAUUUACGCGAUACAAUGCCACAUUUAGUGCCACGAUUAACUCCAGUUUUGACGAAAAGACUUGGUUUUGGAAAAGAAGAAAUGGAAGAUGAAGAAUCAAGGGAUCGACGAGGAAGAGAAUUUCUUGAGCGGAUGGUAACGGGAAUUGAGAGAGCAAAACCAGGUGGUAAAGUUUACACUCAACUAUUGGAAGCUGCUUCCGUUGAUGUUGAACGUUUAUCAGAAAUGGAUAGACAAAUGGAAGGCGCUGCUACAUUCACAGCAUUGUAUAUAAAAUGUCUUCUUUUAAUUCGAUCAAUAAUUAAAGAUUUUUCCCAAUCAAGUUUACCAUCAUCUACAUCGGGUUCAAAUACAUCGAGUAAUAUUUCUCUCCUUCUUCAACAUGCACAAAAAUUGCAGAGAUUAUUCUCUGGUUUGAGUGAAAUUGACAUGGCAUUGGCUUCGGACGUUUGGUUAAAAGCAUUGGCAAUUGAUUUGGUCCGCGUAACAAGAAGCGCAACGGGAAGUGCUCUUCCAUUGACAAGACAAUUUUUAUCUGAGGCCGAUGCACUUCCACAAGAGACAAUGAAAUUACCACCAUUUUCUAAAGCUCUUGUUAUUCAAUUACCGGCACUUGGUGAAGUGAAACCUGGUCCAUUGACGAGACUAUUGAUGCCAUUGUUAUUGGCACCGCUUCAAAUUGGUGACGAGAGACUACCUAGACCUUCAGCAACGACGAGAUUUUGCCGUGCUGUUAUUGAAGAACCACGCGGUGAUGCUGAUUCAGCGUUAAAAUUUACCGGCGGUUUAUUACUGGGCAUUCCAAUGACAGCGAAAAUUUAUAAUCUACGCGAUUCAAGUACAUUGAGAAUAAAAUUACGACAUCCCGAUCAACAGGUGCAAUUAUUAUUGCCAAGAAAAACUGAUCUCAAAGAACAAAAUAGUGAACUUAAAGAUUAUCGAUUAAGAACAACUGUUUUGUUUUCCCAUCAAGUUUGGAUGGAAGCAUGUAAUGUUGAAAUUUCACUAGCAUUAAUUGCCCCAUCGUCGACAAUGUGUACACAUUCACCUCAAGACGAUCCGUGUGUUAUUGAUUUAUGUAAACCAAUUAAAGUGUCAAUUUCACCGAAAGCUGUUAAGCGAGGAAUUUAAUUUUCGAUUUUUUG